AUGCGGAAGGCCGAAAGGGCAGUGGGAGAGAAAGGAGUGUACGGCGAAGGACGGAACGGAGAGCACGCGGCAACAUUCGGCGGCCUCACCGUCCCCGUCCCCGUCCUCGCGUGGGGAGUAGCUCGAAGUAUGACCCUUACGCGAGGCCCGUGUGAGCUGGACACGAUGAGCCUCUUCCAAGACCUCAAGCUGAAGCGUCGUAAAGUGGACUCACGCUGCAGCAGCGACGGUGAGUGA